CGCGCCCCGGUGAGGACCAGCUGCCCCUCGGCCGGCAAAAGGCGAAGAGCCGAUAAACGCGCACAUUGGACCGCUCUUUUAGCCCUUUUAAAGAAGGCACAAGCCGGCGCGUCCCGCAGCCCCCGCCGAGCACUGCCCGGCAGCACCGCACCGCCCGCUCCCUGCCCCGACAGGGCGUGAGAGGCCCCGAGAGGCGGCAGCCGCCGGAGCCGGGGCUGUGGGGAGGAUUUCUGAGGUCAGAAGCUCUCCGAAGCGCUGCUUCCAGGUGUGGGCAGGGGUGAAAGGCGAAGGGCCCCGCUGCGGUCCCCGGCCCCCGCCGCCCUCGGGGCCGCCCGCGGGCGGGGCGGGCGCUGCCCCGGGGGCUCAGCUGAGGAGAACCGAAAGUGAAGGGAAGUCGUCGGGCGGCGGGGGAUCCCCGGGGCCGCUGGAGGCGGCAGCGCCCCUGCCUGGCGGGAAAAGACACGUAUGAGUGCUCGUGUGCGCGUCCCCCAGGUCCUCGGUCACGGUCCGUGACUUCGGGGCGCCGCCGCGGAGCCCGUCCGGGCGCUGCCGCCCCGCCGCUCGUGCCCCGGGCAGGGCAGUCGCCGGCGAUGCUGUGCUGCAUGCCCGGCGUGGCUUUCGUCCCCGCUUUGCUCGUCAGCUGGUCCUCGGCCGCCUUCAUCAUCUCCUAUGCGAUCGCCGUCCUGGAGGGGCACGUCGAGCCCCUCGUUCCCUACAUCAGUGACACUGGAACAAAACCUCCAGAAAGCGGUGUCUUUGGUUUUAUGAUUAAUAUUUCAGCUCUUUUAGGUGUAAUUACAAUGUACAUCAGAUAUUUAUUAAUAGAGAAGCAAAAUGAGUCAUCGCGCUUUGUUAGGUCUUCAUGCAACAUGUUUUCAUUAGGUAUUGGAUUGAUGGGCUGUAUUGGAAUGGGCAUAGUUGCAACUUUUCAGGUAUGACCAUAAAUUUCAUAUCAUAAAUGAAACUAAAGUUGUUUUACAAGUUAAAAUUUCAAAUAGGUAAGAGUGAUUAACACUAUCCCAAGGUGGAUAAUUGAAAAAUGAAGUAGGAAUGCCUUUCUUGCUCUUGGCUUUAUUCAGUAGCUUUAAAAAGACAGAUUUGUUUUCUCCCCAUAUACUAGAUUUUUUGCUUGUGCAGUUAUGUCAGUAAGGGGUUUUCUGUGUGUUUGUCUUGUAAAAGAUCUGUACUAUAAAACAACUUAAUAUGGAUGCUUUUGCUGUAAAUUUUUUACUAUGAGAAUUGGACUGUGAAAAGCUUUGCUAUUCAAAGUUCAGUUUGCUUCCAGUUAGGGAGUCAGACUAACUAAAAUAAGUCAGACUAACAAAUGCACUUGCAUUUUUGCCUGAAUGAUGGCACACUCACUAGCAGAACUUUCUACAGAAUAAACUAGAUUUACCUGACAGGUGAGAACAUUGAGCACAAUAUCAGCCUGUUGUUUUGAGUCUGUGGGAGAUGGCAUAACAACAUAUUAAGUCUUUAUUUAUAGAGACAUGUAGAAUUACUGCUUACUUUGCCAGAAAGAAUUUGACAUCUCAUUAAAAAUCAAAAUCCACUCCUCAGUGUCUGAAAGAAAAUUCAAUAGAGACAACAAAUACUGAAACAGAUUAUUAAUUUCACCUUUUCUAGUGAGGAGGUGUGUAAUAGGGUAGAUUCUGACACAAAGAAGUAUUAGGACAAUUGCACUGAAAGCUUCAGCUUAGAAUCAAGUAAAAUCUAAUUGGCAGGUAGUUUGAGACACUGCCUUUAAAUCUGUGGAAACAGCUAUAUUAUUUCUUUUAAAGGAUAGCCUACCUUGGAACAGUUUGGAAAAUACUGGUGUGCUCAUACAGUGACCUGACAAGAUACAGAGGAAUUUAAAAUAAAGAUUGUCAGGGCUUCAGCAGCCAAUACAGUUUUACAUGUAAUGGACAUGGUAUUUUCAGACGAAAACGCUGCCUUAGACUGAUACCUUACCCUUUUUAGUUUUAUAUCCAGACAGUAUGUGUGGAUUGCAAACAGGCACUGCAGUCAAUUCUAAGCACACUGUUUUUCUUUUAAAAAUCUGUACUCUUAUUGAUAAGAUUUAUAUGUGGCACAAAAGAAAGUUAGAUGAUGGGGAACAGUGUUGCUUGACUGAAAUAGAAAACAGACUCAGCUGCAGUAAGAAAAAGACAAAUUAAAGAGUGCAAAAUAAUUGUGACAGUCAGGGAAGCAGAAACUUUGAUGCUAAUGUUCCCAAAGGGGUCCCUUGACAGUUAUCUCAUCUCUGUUUUCUCUCAUUGCCAGUUUUAAACUCCUUCCUUACCUAAUUUCUAUUUUUUUCUGCUUUGA